UCGUUGCCAGUCACAGUCGAUAGAUAUGUGAGCUAACGAUCGUUACGUUACGUAUCUUCUCUCUUUCUAGUUAAACAUUUUUUAAGAACAUAAAUACAAAAAAAAAAUACAAAUCUCAUAAUCGCAAUAACGUUAAAAAGAUCGGCUAUUUAAAUUUAGUAACGUUUAAAAUAUUUUCAAAAUCAAACACAAAAAAAUUACUUAAAAUUAAUUUAUUAUAAGAAAAAAAAUUGUUAAAAAGUGUUGUUUACAAAUUAAAUCUAUGACAAACAUCUAGUCUCAAUGUACAAAAUAAUCUGCUAUAAAAUCUUUGUCUACGUUUUUAUAUAUUCUAUAUAAUUUUAUUACAAAAAAAAAUACUUAAUAAUUACAAUAUACCAGACAGUUUUGUAAAAAAAUAAAUUUUAUAAAUUAAGCUAAAUCAUCAAUUUUUUUUUUUUUUGAAACUGUUUAAAAUACAAAAAAAGAAAUUUUAAAUCCAUAAAAAAACAUGCUCUUAAUUAGUACUUAAUAAUUACUAGCAACCUGGAUACCCUGGAAUUUUGUUAAAUUUAAACCAACAAAAUAAGUUUGACAACGUUGUUUAAACCGCCAUAUCAUUAUUAACAUUGUCAUAAACAUCAUUAUUAUUAUCAUCAUCAUCAUCGACGGGUCACCGUUUUAAUCAUCGUCAGUCAGUCAACAAGCAAAUAGUAUAUCAACCGUUAAACAGUAAACGACUAAAAUAACAAUAAUAAAGCAACAAAAACAACAACGCAUAGAGCAGCUUCAAAUGUACGAUUACCAGCAGAGUCUAAUAAUAUUAUCAAGACCAGGAUUUAACUUUUGAAAUAUUGAAAUUGAUAACCAAUCACAUCUAAUCUAAACUAUUGCUCAACAUUGAAAACCCGUUAACCACGAGACUAAAAUCACAUCAAUACGAAUGCAAAAUACACAAAUUUGUGCAACGAUCGAUGAUCGUUCAUCAUCGACAUCUUUGAAAAUGGAAACACGAACCCCCACCAGUGUCUAUCAUCAUCAUCGGGCACCUCGCACCCCAGAAAGUUAUUUCAAUGUACCCGAAUCCAUAGCCCUGCUAAAUAUUGUCAAAUCCGAACGAAUACAAAGUGCAUUUCAAUCGAAUCGUAAAAAUCAUGCCAGUGUUUGGGAAAUGGUAGCCGAAGUCCUCAAUCGUUAUAGUGCACGCAAAAGAUCGGCCAAACAGUGUUGCAAUCGUUAUGAAAAUCUCAAAAAGAUUUACACGCAAUUGAAAAAGAAUCCCGAACGACAUGUACGACGUAAUUGGCCCUAUAUGUUUCUCUUCAAAGAGAUUGAAGAACAGAGAGGAGAAUGUUGGGGUUCGAAUAGCAAGCGCAUGGCUUUAAUAGCUAAAAAUCAAAAUGAAUUGUCAUACUAUCAUAGAAGGCGACAGGCAGCUGAGUUCGGAGCACUACUGGAUAAACAGACACAAGCUGCUGUGGUGGCUCAACACAAUUUAUUGCAAAGUUUAGCCGCAGUGCAUUCCAAUGAUUCAAAUAGUAAUUGUAAAUUGGAGCGUUUUCUACCCAAUCAUUUUGUUGAGGCUCAACUGGGUAACGAUACCAGUAACACAAAUGGUCCCGAUGGGGUCUAUGAUGACUCAUCACCUCUCCCUCUACAAACAUCGCAUAAGGAGGGAAUACACGAAAUACCAGAUGAUUUAUCAGAUAAUGCUGCUGCUGCCGCCGCCGCUGCAGCAGCUGCUGCCCAUAAUUUACUACAGGCCCAUGUCAAUGGUGUGACGGCGGUCAAUACGAAUGAACUUAAAGAGUCUCUAGCUCAAGAAUACGAAAAAGACUGCAAUGGUGCUCUUAAUCUACAGACCAGUGACAAUAAUAAUGUCUCCAUGAAUUAUUCUAAUUCUUCCAGAUCGGAACCAAUGUCGGAUGGUGAAUUUAAUCCCGAUGAUAUACAACUAAUGCAAACAAAUUAUAAUGGAUCACAAAACUACUACUCAAAUAAUAUGGAUCAUAAUAUCUUACAUCCCGAUGUUAUAGUCGACACCGAUAAUCUGUCCGAAUGCAGUAGUGGUGAUGGUUCGCCCAAACUAAAACGUAAAUUAUCAACCUCAACCGAUGGUGAUAGUACGAACUAUGAAUUGAUCGAAUAUUUGAAGAGACGUGAAAAACGUGAUGAGGAACUACUAAGACGUAUGGAUGCUCGAGAAGAGAGACUGGUUAGUUUGCUAGAAAGAACCGUGGUCGCCAUAGAAGCUUUGGUGCAACACAAAUGCACACACAAUAACAAUCCACCUACUAACGAUAAAAUCGAAGUUGUGGAGAAACCCAUCAAAAUCUGCAAUGGUAAUGCUACACCAUCUGAGGCUAAAGCAGCAGCAACAAUUUCUGCAGAUCCCAUUAUAUCAGAUGAUACCAGUGAAAAAGAUUGACUACUUUAAUAAAUCAAACCAAAAAAAAUCAAUAAUAUAAUACUCAAUAUGACUAAAAAUAGAACCAAAGAUUAAGAAGUUUUUACGAGAUUUUUUUAUACUUACUAAAUACUUACGAGUAUACUCGUUUUAUAAUUUAGAAUUUUAGUUGUAAUUUUACCAAAAAAAACAUAAAAUUUAAACAAACUGUGUGCCAAAAAUUUACUUAAUUAUUUAUAGCUUUUAUUAUUUUUUUAAUUUGUUUAACUACUUUUACAUAAGUUUUUUUUCUCAAUUGUGUUGUCAUAAAACGCCUAUUUUGUAAUGAGAUUAGUUUAAGUUUUAUUAUGUGUAAUACUCUCUAUUUAAGUGCCUUAAAAGAACAACCAAAAACAAAUAUUUAUAAACAAAAAUCUGAUAUUCUAAAAAGAUCAAAUAAACUUAAUAUUUACCUUUUU